AUUCACCUCACUUGCACGUCUUUGGACUGUGGGAGGAAACCGGAGCACCCGGAGGAAAACCACGCAGACACGGGGAGAACAUGCAAACUCCACACAGAAAGGACCUGGACCGCCCCGCCUGGGGAUCGAACCCAGGACCUUCUUGCUGUGAGGCGACAGUGCUACCCACUGAGCCACCGUGCCGCCCAUUUACGUGGUCGCACUAGCAUUAAAGUGCGUUCCUAUGGAUGUGCCAGCUUACCUCACCAACCAUUAGUGCACCUGACAUCCCAUGGGGGCAAUUACCACCAUGGCCCCAGACUCCUCCUUGCAACCUCAAGCCCUGCCCCCUUCUCAUAGCAAGUCGAGUACCACAGGCCCUGUCCUUGCUCAUGGCUUGGAGGUGGGCCUUGAGCCACGAGGUAAACACUACGUGUGCGGCUCUGUGGCAGCCUUUACCAACAUAAUGAUCACCUUUCCUAUCCAGAAAGUGCUGUUCCGACAGCAGCUGCAUGGCAUCCGGGCCUCAGAGGCUGUACGUCAGCUUCAGCACGAAGGUUUACGAUCCCUGUACCGUGGCCUGCUCCCACCAUUACUGCAGAAAACCGUUACAGUGGCCCUCAUGUUCGGCUUGUACGAAGACUUUUCACGGCUGCUCCUGCACCACGGUCGGUCGUGCGGCUCUCCGGAGAUUCUCACCCGCAGCACGGCGGCGUUUCUGGCCGGCACCGCGGAGGCAGCCUUGACCCCUUUUGAACGUGUGCAGACACUCUUGCAGGACCAUCGGCACGCUGGACGUUUCCGUAACACGGCGCAUGCCUUUGGCAGUCUGGUUCAGCAGCACGGGGUUCGAGAGUGCUACCGUGGCCUGGUGCCCGUGCUGUUACGCAACGGCCCCAGCAACGUGCUCUUCUUCGGGCUGCGCGGGCCUCUCAGGCGUCAGCUGCCUGAAGCACAUAGCCAUGCUGGACACAUGCUGAAUGACUUUGUGUGUGGAGGGCUACUGGGUGCUGGGCUUGGCGUCCUGUUUUACCCACUUAAUGUUGUCAAGUCGCGAGCGCAGUCGCAGGUCGGAGGUGCAUUUGUGCCCUGCAGUCAGGUGCUCCUGACUGUGUGGAGGGAAAGGGGCAGGAGUGUUGUCAUGCUGUUUCGUGGUGCUACGCUCAACUACCAUCGCUCGCUGCUCUCAUGGGGCAUCAUUAACUCCACAUACGAGCUGUUGCUUAAAAUCUUUUGAGGAGGAAAAGAAACCUGACAAAACAGUGCACUAAGUACGCUCUGCAACUCGGCUGAGAAUGUUUAUUUUGCAGCACGCUGCCCACUUUAAGAUCAAGGUCACUGCCACUUCCUUUUAUAUUCACCAACGGAUCGUACCGUCCUUGGGAUAUUUCUAAAAAGAAAGUAUUUAUCAUGUUGCCUGGACUUUCAGCUUGUAUUUGUUAACCCACUGCCCCAUAUAUGCACUUACUGAUAUAACUUUGGGAAUUGGUAUUUGAGACCUGAGGAAAGGGAUCAACAAUAAGUGUUACAUCAACCAGCAUUUGUCUCUGAGAACUGUUGAGUAAUCUUUUGUGGUUGUAAGUUUUCCAGUCCUAAUAAAACACAGACUUUUGUUUGGACCAUACCACACUUAUCUGGUUCAUCUGUAUUACAUUCUCCCUUUUAUUAUUAUUAAAGGAACAAAUAGGCCAAAAAUAGGAGGGUAUGAUUUUCCCUUAACCCCUAGGGUAGUGAAUUAUCUGGGACAUGAAUGGUAACUGAAGUUUGCUUUAUUGCUUUAUUAGCUUUCCCCUGAAAAUUAAAUAAAAAUAUAAAAUAGCCCAAAUUAUCAAGACGAGAUGAAGUAAGCAGCCAAAAACAUAUCUAACUUGCCAUAAAAUGACAUGCGUCUUAAACAUGGCAAAUAAAAUCCAGAUAAAUAAAUCUACAAUAAAGGCUCAAUGUUACCAAUAAGUAGAGAAAUCAGGGCACUCGGCACACUAGCACACCAGAGCUGACAUUUUGAACUCGCCGGCAGGCUGGGCGCCUACAUGAACAACGAUUGGCUGAUUUUACAGCUAUAUGAGGAGAAUUUAAGGCUACCAGCUCUUCAGUACUAGGUCGACUUCAUUCCUACAUGCAAAAUAUUGGCUUUGAUUUGCUAUGGCCUUAAUGAACAUUAUCAAAAUCAGUCAAAAUAUGUACCAGAUAGGUGUACCUAAUAAAAAGUCAAGUGUAUGUUAUAAAUGUGGCUGAUGAAAUGUUUUUAUACAGAGAGGAGAAUGUGUUUAUCAGAUAAACACAGUGAAUCUAUUAUAGUUGGCUGAUGAGAGACAAGUAUACAAAGCUGAUGGCUGGUAGUUACAUGUGGACUGGGGUACAUAUACAGUCCACUGCUUUUUUUUCAGAAGGAAGGACAGGUGUCCUCUCCUAUUGCUGUAAGAUAUAUAAGACGUUGCAGUUGUUCAGUCGACUUCCUCCAAGUGCACUGCGUGACUGACACUGGCAUUACUUUCAAACAAUGGAUCUCAGUUCGGCAGUACUGACAGAAUUUUUACAAUUUAAUAUAAGACUAUGAACAAACAAACAGCAAAAAUGAUGUGUAGACCAAAGCAUGAUCAAAAAGAAAAAGGAAAGUUGCCAUGUGUGAUAAGGAAAAAUAGAUUUAUGGCAGGGUUUGUUUGUUGGAAAGUACUCAUCUGUUAGUCUGUAUCCAGGGUGGCACAGUGUCUCAGUGGGUAGCACUGUGAGUUGAACUAGAGAUACAAAAUUGUCCAUGACUGGGUUUGCCAGUUCUGUCAUGAAUGUAAUUAAAGUGUGUAAAACAUGAUGUUAAAAUCCUAAUAAAUAAAUAAAUAAAAUAAACAAUCUGCAUCCAACAAACAGGCAGUAAUGGGGGAAAUGCAAAAAAACAAACAAACAUUAAAAAAAACAAUUCGUGCCUUUAUAUCUCUUUAUGGCCAAAUAAAUACCUGUUUUUACUUUGUAACUGAAUAAGUUAAAGUUUUAGUGUCUUCCAAUCAUAAAAUAGAGCAGUGUUUUUCCUCUUACAUUGAUUGUUUCCAUGUAAAUCACAUAAAGUUUAAUUUUCGGUAUAACGGGUACACGUCGUUUUAUCAUUAUUGUU